CAGAAACUUUGCUAGUGCGCUCGAUGAGUACGGAUUGCUCCGGCUGCUCGAAGAGACGACCGCGAAUAGCCCUCAGCUUCUCUGAUUUCGACCAGGUACUUGGUAUGGUCAACAUGACACUGUUAAUGAAUGGAAGACGAGGUGUCCUCUGUGUUGUGCUCGUUUUUUUUGGCGCGCAAGACCAAAAGAUUCGUAGAGAGCUUCGCCACCUAUACAACUCAAUCUGACCAAGAGACAGGACACAGGGGUUGCUGACCAGCUUCGCGGGACACCCCGACAAGGUGCAUUCUGAGCUGCUAACCUGCUGUAUGGCACGCGCAUAGUAACAAGCAAAUCGACGUUGGAGCCAGAGUCUAAGAGGAGCUCUAAGAGAGCUGUAGGCGAUCAUGACUCAGCGAUAAGCUUCCGAGACGUUUCGGGCUUCCGUCGGGGAAGGAACUGGAGGAAUGCCCGUAGCGGCAGUGGGAUAUUUUGUUGACCCGUCGUUAGAUCAAAUCCAUACCAACGUUGCCCAGCGCAGGAAGCGACUGCCCACCCGACCAUAAUGGCGAAGUCGCUGAAUGAUGUGUAGAAACAUAGAAGCGCUCUGGCUCAAAGUAAUUCAAGUCGUAAUGUAUGAAAAAGCUCUGCUCGUCUUGUCGGGGAAAGAGGCCGGGAGCAAGCGGUGAUAAGCGUAAGCGAAUGGGGUACAAACACCGCAGACCAUUUUCGUCUGAUUUUCGUCAUCCGCCAUGAUCCUGAUGAUGACUCCUCUCAUUAUUGGUCUCCUCUCCUUGCUCAGGAGCGCCAUAAACCAUCCAGAGAUAUCUCACCGAUGCCCAAACUCGUGUCCACAGUCGUCGAUUAUCUCUCUCACCGCCAGCUCUCCCGAUAUUCGUCGCGCGUCGGUUUUCUAAGCUCGUCGGAGGCCACAUCCCGUCAGUCGACACUCCCGACACGAGCCAACUCCCAGGAUGGCGACGCAGUAGAACUACAUCCAGUCUCCGAGAGUGGAGAGGUGGAACCUCAAGUGCCCGACCAGGACCCCGAGCUGCGGCUUCCGCCUUUGACGUCGGUGGGGAUCAUGCUGGGCUCGAAUGCGUUGAUGCAGUUCGCGUUCUUCGUCACUGUCUCUUCCGCGGCGCUCUACGCUGAGCAUCUGGGAGGGUCUGCGUUGUUCUCUGGUUUGACAAUCGGUAUCCCCACGGUAUUCUCUGGCCUUGCUCUGAUACCACUCACUCGAUACGAUGAGGGUCGAUACACCCGCCCGCUCAUCGCCAUUUACCUCUCCCUCUUUAUCGGCAGCAUCUUUCACGCGCUUGCGUACAAGGCCAACUUCCUCUACCUGAUUCUCAUUGGCCGCAUCGUCGCUGGAUUCGGAUUCACAGGCUUUAUGUAUUCCAAGCGAUACUGCUCGGAUCCCCGCAUAAUAGGUGUUCGUCGACGUACAACACUUGCGAGCUACUUGGUAUUGGGGCAGGCUUUCGGUUUCAGCGCCGGCCCCUUCAUCGGUGGUCUGUUGUACAAAGUGGGCUUCCCCAACGACGUUUUCAAUGGAUACACAAGUCCUGGCUGGGUCACCGCCUUUGUGACGCUUCUGUUCGCCACAGUCGCCUUGUGCCUGUUCCAAGACGUCGGCAAGCCACAGCAAUCUGGGGCGGAGAACGGUGCUGCCGCCGAUCCACCUCGGUCCGAUGGAUCCUUGAAGGACUUGACCCGCGAGCAGUGGGGUGUCAUUGCCUCGAUGUGCUGGACAGCGAUGACAUGCUUCUUCGUGCUCGGCUCGUGGGAGUCCAAUAUCCCGAUCUUCACUGCCGUCAGCCUCGGCUACAGCCCCUACGCUGCAGGGAACUUCAUCGCACUGGGUGGUGUCGCGACCUUGCCGUUCCUCCUGCUCAACAUCCGGUUCGCGCCGCGAUACCAAGAUCGCUCGACGCUGGCUUUGGGUUCCGUCAUCGGGACCUCCGGGCUCCUCCUUGCCCUCAUCCUCCUCGCCACGGACAGGGUCGUCUUUGCCUCGCUCUUCAUCUGCUGGUUCCUCGUCGCGCUCGGAUUCAACAUCGCGAGCACCUGCACGGUCAGUCUGCUGUCGAAGCAGCUUCCGAAUGCGUACAACGGCCGGACGAGCCUUGCAGUCCAGUACAGCAACUACACUGGUCGGGUUACUGGUGCGAUUCUGGGCGGUGCAGGGGUGCAGAUGGGAAUGAAAAGUUAUGUCGGGGUGCAGCUUGCUGUCGUCGGAAUCGGCGCUGUUCUGCAUGCACUGAAUUGGCAGAAGCUGAAGGCGAAGACGGGCUAAAUCUUUUGUAGAAGUGGGAUUAGUGACUUUGCAUGUCUCAUUCAUAUUCCCGACUGCGCAUUUAUCCAGCUAGUCGGACUAGAUAUCAAGAACUCGCUGUUUGUCCAAGUUUGGACGAAGAUUCCGACGCACCACCUAUCGCACCUCAGCUGGAGACCACCAUCUCGCAACCAUCUCAUGGACGUCCCAGCACUCGCCUCCGAUCCUGUUCAACCGGUGACCGACUGCACCUAUUCGCGCGGGAUGACAAACCUCGUCAACGGUGUAGUCAGAUUCCUUGCGCAUACAAAGAACCUCUGGCGUGUCGAUCUGAACUCGAAGUUGCCAAUCACGCUGGAGCAGGAAUUCCGUCCUGGCGACAUGUGGACUCGACUGACCCGCCUCGAUAUGAAUGUGGCCACCACCUUCAUCACCUGUGCAGCCCUGCUUCGCAACAGCCCUGUUCUGGAUUCAGUGUGUUUUGGGGAUGUCCGGGCAUUCAAUCCGUCGGUCUGGAGUAGCCGGGUCGCCACGCCUACGACGCAUGGACUCGAGCUGCUGAUCGUGCGGUUCGACAUAGGCGCUGAGAUCGACGAAUUCUUCUCGCAGUUCUCCUUCCCUAAUCUUUAUUCCCUCGAAAUGGAUUUCAAGUACUGCGAGCGACGAACUCAAUCGCCGACGCGCAGAUGCCGCGCCGCCCUGACCUGGCUGCGCGACAACGCUCCUGGGCUACCGCUCGCCAAGCUGAUCUUACGUCGCAUCGCGUUCGACCUCGACGACUUGGUGUAUCUGGCUGAAUGUUUUGCCAACACCCUCGCAUCGCUGCGCCUCAUUCAUGUGUGUGCCCCGACGUUGCUCGAAUUGCUGACGGCGCGCGACGAUCCGUCAGGCUGCAUCUCGCUGCCCCUGCUCCGCCACCUGUUCUACCGGUGCAAUUUGGAGGCGCACGAUGAGGCUUGCGCUGUCCGCAACGUGCUCGAGAGCCUUGGUCCUCCUUCCCAUCCGGCGUUUCCCAGUCUGGUAGAUUUCCAGUGCGAGCUGAUUGAUUCGAAGCAUACGGGCUGCUUUGACGAUCAAUUCUGCGAAGUCGUGGGCAGGUUCAAGUCUCGAUUGCGAUGCAAAGUCUUGACGCUCUUGACGCCCUUGACGCCCUAUUGAGUUUUACUGCGGCGGUUUAUGUAAAUCAACUCAAUUCAGAUGUGUCCGUCGUUUUGCAAUUGCAAUAUACCUUGAGGAACGUUGUGGAAUCGAAAGGAUGUUCCGAUGCCGACUGGUCGAGCUCAUGCGAGCGUUCACUUCUUCAAUUGGGUCUCGAUGUGCUGGAAGAAAUCGCCAGGUUGGUGCGCUAGAAUGUGUACCACGCCGGCCGAUUUGUUCAGAGCUGCUUGAAAUUACAGCACAUGCUGUACAAAGAUACUAAUGGAGAUUGGAUUACAGGCGAUCGAUUCGUAUAAUAAUACCUAUUACAACACCUGG